AUGUCCUGCCCACCGCAAGUGCCGCGGCCUGAGGACCCAGACUCCAGCGACUACGGAUCUGACUUCACGCCCGACGAAGAGGAGCUCCUGAACGAGUUACUCUCCAAAGCUGUCGCGGAACACGCGACCAUCGACACUCCAUCCCCGACCCCGAAUCCAACCGAGCCAGCAAUCGAAGACUUUGACUCGCGUACAAUCUCUACAUCCGAGCCUAGUGAUAUUGCAUCUCUACAACCGGCUGUCCUCGCGGCGCUCGUCGCGGACAUUGAAGAUGGCGUUGGGGAUCCGCCCGGUGUCCGGUUGCCUAAGGUGCUGGGCCGGGAAUCGCCUCGUUCACCGUGGAAACAACCGAAUCAGCGGCCGUGGCCUAGGUCUACAUCCGGCGUGGCGGGGAGAUCAAGUCAGGAGGCAGUCGGCAGGAACAGUUCGUUUGUGGAGCAUCCUAGUUCAACGGAAGGCAGAGAACGAGAGCGAGAGCGCAUGGCUACGCGCGAGCGCGAAUGGACCCAGAAUGACCAGGUGGCUCCUACGCUAGAUCCUCGAUCCCCCGUGGAGCGGUUUCGACGACCGCCUCAUAAGGCUUUCUCGGUGACCGAUCUGGUCUCGCCUGCCUGGUGCGAAUUACAAUAUUGGUAUACCUUGACCAAGCACGGGAGGAAGAGGAGAACUCCUGCCAUGAUGAAGGGAAGUGUUGUGCACAAGACUCUUGAGGAUGAGAUCUACACGACUGUUCCUGUGGAUAUCACUACCAAGGAGGAUGCUUGGGCGCUCAGGAUCUGGAAUGUGAUUCAGGGGUUGCGCAUGCUGCGUGAAUUUGGCGUCACACGCGAGUUGGAGAUUUGGGGUACGGUUGAUGGGGAGUUGGUCAAUGGGGUUAUUGAUGAGCUGUCCUACGAAUGUCCCGACUCAAAGCUUGAGGCUACGGCGUCCAGCUACUAUUCUGAAGCGGCAAAAUCACGGGCUGCCCUGCCGGAAUAUCAGAUGUCCCUGUCCGAUUUCUUGCUAUCUUCCUCACAGGGUGGAAGAAGGCUCUCGGACCUGGGCCAAGAGGAACCCUUGGAAGAAGCACCGAUUGAAGAACUUUCGCCGGCUGUCUAUAACUUGCCAAGGAUCUAUAUGACCGACGUCAAGACCAAAGCGGGUGGAUCUGCUCCGACGGUCAAGAGCACGUCCUUCCGUCCCACUCUUCUUCAAUUACAGCUCUAUUAUCAUAUGCUCAACCGCCUUAUCACGAGCGACGAUGUCACGAUGGAAUUGCUUGCAGCACGCUACAACCUCGAUCCAGAACGACCCUUCACCGAAGCUUUCAUCUCUGAAAUCGGCGGGCUGAAUGACGAAUUCUUUGAUACAAUGUCUUCCCAGGAAUUCGAUAUCGACAACCCUCCCACUCCAGAGGAUGCAAGAAGAAUAUCCCAAGGCUCCGUGACAAAAUCCAGCCAGGUCUCAACUAGCAUCCUUUCGACCCACGGCACUUUAUUCAGUCUAUGGAGUUACAUGAAAGAUCAGAUCCGCCUUACUUUUCUUCCCCCAAACUCGCAAACAGAGCCCGUGGCCCCGUCUAUCCCGGCAUAUACCCAGCCGGAAUUGCUCGAACAAUACCCCACACUCCUCUCCCCGGUUCUAACAGCACGAUACUUGUCUUCGGCUCCCACUACCGAUCUCCAGCCUCGGGUUCUGGGGAGCAGGUCCUUCCUCUAUGAUCCUGCAACUAUGACAUCCUAUAUCGAUGACCAGAUGGAGUGGUGGCAUGGCUCGCGUGACCCACGCGGCGUCAACAUCACGGACGCCUGGAAAUGUCGCAUCUGCGAGUUCCGCGACGAAUGCUCCUGGCGCCAGGAACGGGAGUUAGAUUACGCAAGACGCAACAGCAGACGAUAUCCUGCUUUUGCAGAUACUUGA